AUGUCCUUACAAGAGUUCAUCAAUGAUGAAACUUUUGGAGGAUCAUGGGCAGAUGCAGAAAUUGAUAUGUCUUCUAUUGCNUUUACAGCUUUUGGAGGAUCAUGGGCAGAUGCAGAAAUUGAUAUGUCUUCUAUUGCUGUACCAAUAGAAACUCAUCAUCAUCACACAUCAUAUGACCCCUUCGGUCCCAGAACAGGUUCUGGAAGAUCAGGUUCAUUUGGUAGAAGAACAACUUAUAGUCCACCAUUUAUUGCUAAAUUAUUAAAUAUUCCAAUAACAGCAAAUGAUUCAUUUAUUGAAGAUUUAUUUAGAAGUAGAUUUACAACUUAUAAGAAAUUCAAAUUAUUAAUUGAUCAACAUUCUGAUAUCUUAACAAAUCAUAUCAUUAAAAAAAUUGCCUUUGUUGAAUUAGAAUCAAGCGAAGAUUUAACAAAAGUAUUAAAAUGGUAUGAUUUAUAUUAUAAGGGGAACAGAAGAGUAAUUGUUGAAUUGGCAGAUUUUCAAGAUUUCCAAGAUUGUAUUCGAUUCAAUGAAGAACAUCAUGCCGAAUUAGAAAGAAUUCAACAUGAUUUCAUCACUAAUAAACAACAACAACGUCAUCAACCAAGACAUAUGGCCCUACUUGAUACUUUUGAAAUGAAUAACAAUCAUGGUGAAUAUUCCCGUGGACCAAGAUCUCCUGGUAGACUGUAUAGUAAUGAUCGAUCAUUUGCUGGUUCAAGAUCUCCAAGAAGACUGUUUGGUGAAAUGAAUACAUUCCCUUCAAGAAGAGAAUCUUUUGAACAUUCACUACCUCCAUUACGUCCAUUACAUCAAUUGAACCCUCCAUCACAACCACCACAAGCAGCAGAACCUACAUCCCCACGUAAACCAAAACCAAACCCUUUUGGAGCGGCAAAACCAGUAGAAACACACCCAGUAGAAGAAGAAGAACCUACAUCCCCUCGGAAAUCAAAACCAAAUCCAUUUGGAUCGGCAAAACCAGUAGAUGUAUUAUCAAGACAAGCGGAAAUAGAAAAGAAAUUAAUCAAUUUGAAUCAAACAACUGUACGAACAUUGGGAGAUCAAGCAGAUUCAAUAGAUGUUGAACAUGUGAUUAAAGAGUUUCAUGAAAAAGCAUCCCCCACACUUCGAAGAAGUUCAAUUAGGUCUUAUUCUUCUCGGAAAUCAUCCACAGGGGAUUUCCAAUCUCCAAACACAACUGAACCGACUACUAGUAAACCACCUCCAAUAUCUAUACUCAAACGCGAAACUCCAACCACGGGCACCCCACCGGAAGAACUCCCAUGGAGAAGAAAGCUGCAAGUCGGUCAACCCCAACCCACUCCUCCACAAGUCCUCAUCCACCCCCCUCCAGCACAACCAGAACACACAAUCGAAACCAAAUUAACCCCCGCCAAACCACCGGUCCAAAAUGUCUAUAAUGGCACCACAUCACCCGGAAAAUCCCUAGCUGACGUCUUACGAGAAUCCACCAAUCAACAACAACAACAAUCAGGUGGACCCCCCGGUAGUGGAAAGAAUUCAAUUGGACAUCUGAGACGAAGUACUCCCGGGAUCUCUACUCCUAAGUUAAAGCCAGCGGCACCGAUUGUGUUGAAGAAGAAGCCGGCGGGUAGUACUUCUCCGACAUUGAAGAAGGUGGAUUUGACUAUUAAGGAGAGUGAAUUGCUUAAAGCCGAGGCAGAGGCUGAGGCGAAGAGAAAAAAGGAGGAGGAGGCUAAGAAGAGGGUGAUGAAGGAGGAGGAAGAGAGGUUGAAGAAGGUGAAUGAACAAUUGAAGGAAUUGGAGAUUGAACGGAAGAUCAGACAUAUAAAUGAGAGUAUUGCCAAUGGAAAUGAAUCACAAUCACCACAGGCACAACCACAACCAGUACAGCCAGUACUACCACAAGUUCAAGUACAACCGGAAGUGAAGAAACAGGAAAUGGGAGGUAGAUCGGGGGAUGAGGAAGAGAGUUUAAGACCCGAUUUUAAGAAACAUAUAGAUGAGAUUGUCCAACGGUCGAAAAAUCUCCAAAAACAAAAACAACCACCAGUUGUAUCAAAUAAUAAUGGUAUUAGAGGAAAACGAUUUGGGACCAAUGGGGGAUAUAAUACUACUGGUUUAUCCCCACGCUAUUUUGAUCCUAAUACUGGUGGAGUUGAGAAUGGGGAAGAACAACGUGUGCCGAAGAAGUUCAGAAAUGUGAAAAAUAUCAAUACUAACUAUGAAAAGCCAAUACAAGACGAACAUAAGGAGGAAAAGAAGGAGGAGGAUAUACAACAAACACCAGUGAAGGAGCUGGGACUGAAGGCUGAGGUUGAAAACGAUGAAUCUCUGGUAGAUCAUCAUCCAUCGUCAGAACCAGCUGGCACCCAACUUGAAAAAACUCCGUCGGGAGAAACUGGUGGGGGUUCUUCAUACAGAGGCAAAGGUCGCGGGAGAGGUGGAUAUCGAGGUAGAGGAUAUCGUGGAAACAGGGGUGGAUAUCGCGGUGGAAGAGGGGGAUAUCGUGGUGGCAGGGGAGGAAGCGGUGAUGGAGAAGCGGCAACAGGUCCUACAAAUUUUAAUUUGCGUUAUAUUAGACCAAAGAAUGAGAAUACUACACCAUCGACGGAACGAAAUCUGUAA